AUGCCUGUCUCCAUCCAGCUGCCGCCCCCUGUGCCCCUGAUCCCGGAGCUGCAGAAGCCGCUGUGCCAGCAGGUCUGGUACCACGGGGCCAUCCCGCGCUCGGAGGUGCAGGAGCUGCUGAGCUGCAGCGGGGACUUCCUGGUGCGGGAGAGCCAGGGCAAGCAGGAAUAUGUGCUCAGCGUGCUGUGGGACGGGCAGCCCCGGCACUUCAUCAUCCAGGCUGCCGACAACAUGUACCGGCUGGAGGGUGAAGGCUUCCCCACCAUCCCGCUGCUCAUCGAGCACCUCCUGCAGAGCCAGCAGCCCAUCACCCGGAAGAGUGGGAUCAUCCUGGCCAGGGCCGUGCCCAAGGACAAAUGGGUGCUCAACCAUGAGGACGUGCUGCUGGGAGAGCGCAUCGGCCGAGGUAACUUUGGGGAGGUGUUCAGUGGCCGCCUGCGUGCCGACAACACUCCUGUGGCUGUGAAAUCCUGCCGGGAAACCCUCCCGCCUGAGCUCAAGGCCAAGUUCCUGCAGGAAGCCAGGAUCCUCAAGCAGUACAACCACCCAAACAUCGUCCGGCUCAUUGGCGUCUGCACCCAGAAGCAGCCCAUUUACAUUGUCAUGGAGCUUGUGCAGGGGGGAGACUUCCUGAGCUUCCUGCGCAGCGAGGGGCCCCACCUGCGGGUGAAGGAGCUGAUCAAGAUGAUGGAGAAUGCUGCUGCUGGCAUGGAGUACCUGGAGAGCAAGCACUGCAUCCACAGGGACCUGGCUGCUCGCAACUGCCUGGUGACAGAGAAGAAUGCCCUGAAGAUCAGCGACUUCGGGAUGUCGCGGGAGGAGGCAGAUGGUGUCUACGCCUCCACAGGGGGGAUGAAGCAGAUCCCCGUCAAGUGGACUGCCCCCGAAGCACUCAAUUAUGGCCGAUACAGCUCUGAGAGUGAUGUCUGGAGCUUUGGGAUCCUCCUGUGGGAAGCCUUCAGCCUGGGUGCCGUCCCCUAUGCCAACCUCAGCAACCAGCAGACACGAGAGGCAGUGGAGCAGG